AGGCCGUGUUGGCUCCUGACUGGCGCGCGGGCGGUCCCCGCUCGCCCAUCCCUAGCUUUCCGCACAGUCUCGCCGCCAUGGUGCCGCUCGUAGUACCUCUACUUCUUAACAGCUGCCUGGCGCUCCAGACCAGCGUGACCUCCAGGCUUCCUGCGGCGGGGUGCCGCGAUGCGGUCCCGGGCGACUGGUGUCACACCGCGCUCGCGUGGGCGAAAGAGAAAGGCGCCACGGAGCACCCGGAAUGGUUUCCAGGGGACGUGGGCGAGUACACGGCCCGGGACUUCCAGUCGCUGAUGCACCAGCUCGGCGUGGCCCAGUGCACGCCGCCCUGCGCCCCAGAGCACGUCGAGCGGCAGCACGCGGUGGUGCUUCUGCAGUCUGGCGAGGCCCUGGCUCAGGGCUUCGGCGCCUCCGAGCUCGAGGAGCUGCUGGCGAGCACCUGGGCGCCGAGGGCUGCGGCGGGCAGCCCCGCACAGUCGCCCGACGGCCCCGCCGCCGCCGCGAGCAUGUCCGACUGCGAGGACGCGGCAGAGGGCAGCCUUUGCCACCGCUCCGUGGCGUGGCUGCGUGAGAGUGGGUUCGCGAUGCACCCCGAUUGGUACCCGGGGCUCUCGAGCGACACGCCCUUCGAGCAUGUCCAGAUGAUACUCUAUUCCCUCGGCAAGGUGGGCUGCAAGAAGCCGUGCCAGAAGGCACUCGAGAUGGUGCCCGACGGCCAGUACAACAGCAGCGAAGCAGUCGCGCAACCUCCGCACAGCACCUGUGGCGACGCGGCCCCAGGCGGCUGGUGCUCGAAGUCCAUCCAGUGGCUCAGGUUCUACGGCUUCGCUCAUCACCCCGACUGGUACCCGAGCCUCGGCCCCGGGUCCACCGACAGGGAGAUGCAGACCGUCUUGCACCAGCAUGGCAAGGCCCAGUGCCCCAAGCCGUGCUCGGAGCGCGGCGCAAUCGACGCGCUCGAGGAGCCCGCGGUGGCAGCGGAGCCGGCGGCG